AUGAAUUCGCAAGAGCCAGUCGAUUACUGCCCUUACCGGCAGAACCUUGAUUGGGGCCAUGUCCAAACCCAGGACUUCUCCAACGUCAAGUACUUUCAACCUUCAGAUUCCGAAUUGGAAAAUGAUGGUGACGUAUAUGCCAAUGGCGUAAAAUACCCCUCACAACCUGCCCAGGCCGCCAGCAGCAGCAGCAAGAAGAGCAAGAAAAAGUCCAAGAAAGAUAAGAAGGCAUCGCAAACCGCUUACGAAGAGCCUCCAGUUGCUCCCCCCGAAAUCCCUACGCCAGAACCGCCUCAGGACACCGGCGUAGCGGAAGACGAGUGGCCGACGGCAACUACCAAGAAAGACAAGAAGAAGAAGAAGAAGAGCAAAAAGGAAGAAGCCGCUGUUGCUUCUCCGCCUCCUCCGCCCCCUCCGCCUGCAGAACCAGAGCCUGAACCAAAGCUUGAGCCUGAGCCCGAGCCCGAGCCCCAACCCGAGCCGACACAGGAGAAAGAAGUUACUGUCGAGGAGACCCCGACGUCUCCGGUUAGGGCGAAAGAAUCUCCGAAAAAGGACAAGAAGGACAAGAAGAAAGAUAAAAAGAAGAAGAAGGGCAAGGGUGGCAAAGAGGCCGAGCCAGAGCCGGCCGAGAGCUCUCAAUCGACUCCUCCCCCACCACCGCCGGCGCAGGCUGAGGCAAAACCACCAAAGAUGGAUGAGCCUAUAGCACCGCCUCCCGAAGCUGUAGUCAACACUAAAGAGGGUGCUUCUGCCGUCGAUCCCGCGGCUGAGACCGCCCCACCUGCCGACAGGAGUGUCGACAAGAAUGAGAAGACGGGUGCAUCAGCGACAGCCGCCGGAGCUGUCGCUGUAGCUGCCGCGGCAGCAACAGCGGCUGCGGUAGCAAGCACUGACGAAGAUCCCGCUUCUUCUGCCGCUGUUGCAUCGGUAGAAGACAAGGAAGAUACCUCGGGCGAUGCCCCAGCUGCCUCGCCAGAACAGCCGGAGACAACACCCGAGGCAGCUGAACCUGAACCUGCAGCUCCCAUUGAGGAAGCUUCUACGGAACCGCCGGCACCGGAAGCAGCAGCAGAUGCUGCCGAGGCUCAAGUCGAUGAUACAACACCAUUCGAAGCAUCUCCUGAGGCCGUGGGAGACUCGGAGGCCGAAAAGCAGGCGGGUGAUGAGCCCGAAGGUUCUGCACCUGCUGAGGCUACCCCCGUAACUCCAGAUGACACGCCCGAGGAGCCCGAAGCCGAAGCGCAGGCAACACCGGAUCCUCCAACGGAGGCCCUGGCUGACGAUGACAAGCCCGGCGAACCUGCUCCCACAGAGGUAGCGUCUGAAGCUCCUGCUGAGGCCGUGGCCGAGGUCUCCGCUUCUCCGGAAGAGCCAACAAGCGAAACCGUGACAGAGCCGGCUGCGGAGGAGCCUACACCUGCCGCAGAGCCUCCGGCUGAGACACCGGCCGAAUCCAAACCAGAGGAGUCCGCGCCUGCCGGGGAGGAAGCCGCUGAUGCACCGGACGUCGGCACCUCCGUGGUCGAGUCGGCUGAUGACGUGCCAGCCGAAUCCACGGCCGAUGCUCCUGUCGCCUCGGAAGAGGAGACGGCCGAGGCAUCCGUCGAGGACAAGCCAGGAGACGCUGCCUCUGUAGAGGAACGGGCCACCGAAAUCCCAACAGAGACAAAAACGGAGGAUGCCGCCCCUGCAGAGACAGCAGCGCCUGCCUCGGCCGAAGCCGAGCCUGUUAAGCCGGCGCCUGUAGAACCGGUUGCCGAAGCUUCGGAUGAGGCCAAGCCGGAAGAGUCCACUCCUGAAGAGGAAUCCGCAAAGGAUGCCAUCGCCGACGCUCCGGUUGAGGUCGCUGCAGAGGACGCUGCGCCUUCUGCCGAACCAGCCGUUGAUGCUCCUGCUGAUGCUCCUUCUGAUGCUCCUGCCGAGGCCCCUGCUGAUUCUCCAGCUGAGGCUCCUGCUGAAGCUGCCGCAGAUGCUCCAGCUGAGGCUCCUUCUGAUGCUCCUGCCGAGGCUCCUGCUGAUGCUCCUUCUGAUGCUCCUGCCGAGGCUCCUGCUGAUUCUCCAGCUGAGGCUCCUGCUGAAGCUGCCGCAGAUGCUCCAGCUGAUGCUCCUUCUGAUGCUCCUGUUGAAGCUGCCGCAGAUGCUCCAGCUGAGGCUCCUGCUGAAGUUGCUGCAGAUGCUCCUGCUGAAAUCAAGUCCGAAGAAGCUGCCUCUGAGGAAGCAUCAACAGAAAUCGCCCCUGAAACUGUCGCCCCUGUUGAGGAUACAGCAGAGGAGGCAUCCGAGACUAAGACGGAUGACAGUCCUGUAGAAGCGCCGGCACCGGGGACUGAGGAGCCGGCUCCAGCCGAACCCUCAACCGAAUCUUCCAACGAGCCGGUGUCAGCAGAGAACUCAUCGGCUGAGCCGGCUUCGACCGACGCAACAUCAGAUCCAGCAGAGGCCACCCCCGAAUCCACCAAAGAGGAGGACGCAACUGAUCCCAAGAUUACAGAGGCCGAAGCAGCUGCUACCGAUGACACUCCAGCUUCUGAGGUUGUUGAAGCUCCUGUACCUGCGGCAGUCGAGGAGCCAGAGUCCACUGUCAAUGCAGAACCAUCGAUCGAAGCUCCGGCUACGGAGGAAGUUCCUGCUCCCGUAGAUGAGGAAAAUACUGAAAUUUCUUCCAAAGACGGUGUUCCUGAACCAGCAGCUGAAGAGCCAGAAGAUGCAGCUCCCGCUGAGAAACAGGCGGAGGUGUCUGCAGACGACCAAGCCAAGCCUGAAGAGCCGGCAGCGGCUGAGCCAGAGAUUGACUCCGGAACAUCGGAAGAAGCGCCCGCGGCUGAUACUCCCGUCGAGGCGCCUACCGCUACAGACACUCCGGCCGAUGGUCCUUCUCCCACGGAUCCAAUUGAAUCAAAGGAGGAUGCAGCAGCUACCGAGACUGAACCCGCAGCAUCUCAAGAGGAUGGCGCUGCCACUGAGCAAGACGCCAAGGCGGAACCGGAAGUGGCUGCACCUGAGACAGUCGAAGAUGAGGCCAAGCCUGAAGAUGCACCCACUGCUGCAGAGCCAGCGACAACAGAAGCAGUGACACCAGCUUCUGACGCCGGGGACGAAAAGAAUGAGACGCCCGCUGCCGCUGCCGAAGUUUCCGAGGAACAAGACGUCGCUCCGGCUACGGAGACCACGCCUGUGGACAAGUUAGCUCAAUCAGACGACGCACCUGCAGCCAGCAACCCGACCGAUACGCCGGCCGAAGCAGCACCUGAUUCUACGGAUGUCACUGAAGUUGUUCCCGAGCCUACAAAGACAGACGAACCGGAGAUUAUCAAGGAAUCCGAGUCUGCGCCCGAGACUCAUGCUUCUAAGGAGCCCGAAGCCGAGUCUCCCGCGCCUCUUGAAGCUGGAACCGAGACUGGGGCUCCUAAUGAGGCAGAUUCAGAUGCUCCAGCCGAGACGGCAGCAGAUGCUUCUGGGCCAGCGGAAUCAGAACCUCCCAAGGCAGAGGAAAUCGAGACUCCUAAGACCGAUGUCGAAGAGCCCAAGGAGACCAUUCCCGAACCGGCUGAGGAGGAGCCUGUUGCCCCCCAAGAGCACAAUGCAUCGCCUGCUUCAGAAGCCGAACCGGAGGCACCCAAGACGGAAGAGCCCGAAGCAGUCAAGGAUGAGCCGGACGCUUCCAAGGAAGCUGAGGCCGAAGCCCCCAUAGAUGCUGCUCCCGAAGCGGAUGCGGUACCAACUGCCGAUGCCGCGCCCGAGGCCGUUUCAGAGGCUGCUUCUGAAGUUACCCCUGAGGCUGCUACCGAAGGCGAGGCUCCAGCUCCUGCCAAUAUUGAAGAUAGCGCCGAGCCUGUGGCGGAACCCGCCACGGAACCCGACGCUCCCGAGGAAGCGACGCCAGAGGCUGAGCCCGAGGCCAGCAAGGAACCCGAAGCUGUAGCUGAAGUCGAAGCAGAAGCUCCUAAGGAAGCUAAAGCUGAACCUGAGCAUGCUGCCGAGCCUGCUGCUGAACCUGCUGCCGAGACUCCCGUCGAAGCUGCUGUUGAGCCUGCUGUUGAGCCUUCCGCUGAGCCUGUCGCUGAGCCUGCUGCCGAACCUGCCGCUGAGCCUGCCGCUGAGCCUGCUACCGAACCUGCCGCUGAGCCUGCUACCGAACCUGCCGCUGAGCCUGCCGCUGAGCCUGCUGUUGAAUCUGUCGCUGAGCCUGCUGCCGAGCCUGUUGCCGAACCUGCUGCCGAGACUGCCGUCGAAGCUGCCGCUGAGCCUGCCGCUGAGCCUGCUACCGAACCUGCCGCUGAGCCUGCCGCUGAGCCUGCUGUUGAAUCUGUCGCUGAGUCUGCUGCCGAAGCUGUCGCUGAACCUGCUACCGAGACUGCCGUCGAAGCUGCCGCUGAGCCUGCCGCUGAGCCUGCUGUUGAAUCUGUCGCUGAGCCUGCUGCCGAGCCUGUUGCCGAACCUGCUGCCGAGACUGCCGUCGAAGCUGCUGUUGAGCCUGCUGUUGAGCCUUCCGCUGAGCCUGUCGCUGAGCCUGCUGCCGAACCUGCCGCUGAGCCUGCCGCUGAGCCCGCAGAGGACGUCACAGAUUCUGGAGUCGAAACAGUCGAGAAGGAGCCCGAUUCAUCAAAGGCUGCCGACGUCGAGGCCGAUACACCUAAGCCGGAGGAAAGCGAAGCCCCAAAUCCCGAUUUCGCGGAUGCCUCUGCAGAUGCAGCCACCGCAAACGACGCAAUUGUCUCUACAGAAGGUAUGGAAGGUUACGAAAUCAUCAGUGACGGCAAAGAAUUCAGCUUCACCGUAGACAUUCUCUCCUCCGGGACCAAAGAUACUAAAGAAGAGACAGAACCAGCCGCCGAAACCGAAGAAAAGCCUGAAGAAACCAACCAUGAAGAGGCAACGUCUCAUUCUUCGCCAGAGGAGCACAUCACUACCGCUGAUGAAGUCGAGGACAAUGUAGAGGCCGUUGAGACACCUGACGAAGCUUCUGUGGAUGCUGCCAAGCCUGAGACCGAAGCCGCCGAGGCUGGCGCUGCGAUUGAGCCUGAGGAAGCCGACACAUCUGUGGGCGAAGCCAAGGAGCCUGAACAGGAAGGCACCGCUAUUGGUACUGACACAGUCGAAGAUGCUAAGACCGCGUCCCCGGAGCCAGAAGCAGAGCCAGAGCCUGAAACUUCCACUGAAGCGGCCCCGGAACCGACAACCGAGACAGAGGAUGCCGCGCCUGAUGCAAAGUCUGCUCCAGAGCAGGCUCCAGAAACCAAGGAUGCUGAACCAGAGCCAACUUCUGACGCGCAAACCUCGGAGCCGUUGACUGAGCCAAUCCCGGAGUCCGACCAAGCAGCCGAGCCCUCCGCUCCAGUUACUGGAGAAGGGGAAGCGAAUGUGCCAGAGCAGGAGACAACACCAGAGACUACAGAAGCCGCGGAGGUUAAACCCGAGGUUAAUGCAGCUCCUGAGGCCGGGGCUACGGAGCCUGAAGCGGCGGAUGCAUCUGUAGAACCGGCACCGGAAGCAGAGGCUACUGCAGAAGACGAAGAACCUAACACUGAGGCCAAGGUUGAAUCUAAUGAGCCUGAGCCUGAAGCCGCAGCCGAGUCGCCGGAACCAGCACCCGUGGCCGAAGAGACCAAUGAAGUCGAGGCUGAUCCUACUCCGGAGUCAAAGGACGCCGAAGCUGAACCAGCUCCUGAGACGAAAGAAGCCGAGCCCCCGCUUGAAGCCAAGGAUCUCGAGGCAGAGGCAGAGGCACCUGUCGAUGCGGAGUUGAAGGAGGCAGCACCUGACUCUGAGGCCGCAGCUGAAGAAGACAAGACUGCCGAGGCCGAAACAGCUCCUGACGCAAAGAACCCCGAGUCUGAGGUUGAGGCAGCGUCGCCAACAGAUGUCAAAGAACCCGAAUCCGAGCCUGUACUGGCGGAAGACGCAUCUGAGGCUCAAGAUCCUGAACCCGCUGCCGAGCCUGCCGCCCGGCCUCCGGCUGAGAACGACGCCAUUGUUGAAGCUAAGGGACCCGAGCUUGAGCCAGCUGUCGCGCAAGAAACCCCCGAAAUCAAACCCGAGGAGCCCACCACCGAAGUUGAAGCGGCUCCAGAGGCCAAUGAUCCAACACCUGAGCCUGCGGCGGUCGCCGAUGCAGAGCCCAAAGAGGCGGAUGCGGAUGCAGAAACUUUGGCCCAAGACACAAAGAGUACUUCCGCUCUAGAAGAGACUCCUGACGCCAAGGACGCAGAGACAGAGACCCCAGCAGCUGCUGAAGAUGUCACAGAGCCUGAGACUGCUCCCACGAAACCUGAGGCAGAAGACUCUGGGGAGCCAAAACCUCAGACCGAUGUUGUCGAGGAGACAAAAGAAGCAGACGCCGAAGCACCUGCUGCUAUUGAGGUAGCUGUCCCGGAAGCCGAUGAAGUGCCGGUAGAUGCCCCUACUGCAGCGGAAGAAACUACGGCGACAGAGUCUGCCCUAGAAGCUGAAGAGCCGGAGCAGGUGCCAGAGCAGGUGCCGGAGCCAGUUUCCGAAGAGCCUAAUCAGCCGGAGCUUGCCGAAACAGUUACAGAAGUCGAAAAGGCUGCUGUUGUUGAGGAGACGUCGGCACCAGAGCCUGAAUCUGCUAAGGAACCGGCAUCUACCGAACUCGAGGUUCCUGCUGAGCCUGAAGCCCCUGCUGAGCCCGAAGCUCCUGCUGAAGUAGCUGAUACUGAACCUGAACCUGAAGCUCCUGCCACCGAGCCAGAAGCAGAAGCACCUAAGUUCCUGCUGAGCCAGAAGCAGAAGCUCCUGCUGAACCGGAAUCUACUCCUGCUGAGCCAGAAGCAGAUGCUCCUGCUGAACCGGAAGCUACUCCUGCUAAGACAGAAGCAGAAGCUGCUGCUGCUGAACCUGAAGCAGAAGCUCCUGCUGAGCCAGAAGCAGAAGUUCCUGCUGAGCCAGAAGCAGAAGCUCCUGCUGAACCGGAAUCUACUCCUGCUGAGCCAGAAGCAGAAGCUCCUGCUGAACCGGAAGCUACUCCUGCUAAGACAGAAGCAGAAGCUGCUGCUGCUGAACCUGAGGCAGAAGCUCCUGUUGAGCUAG